GGGGCCCGAGCGGCGGCUGCUGAGCCCGAGCCAGAGCUGGGCGAGGGCGGCUGCGGUCCUGGCGGCGACAGCAGCAGGAGAAGAUGGUGGCGUUGGAGGUAGGAGCGGCUGGAGCGGAGCUUUAUUCCCGAGCUUGGCAACAUCGCUGUCAUUAGCGCCGCCUGCUCCCGCGGGCGCGCGGACCCAGCUGUCAGGCAAGGUACCACUGGCAGGGAGGGGUGGGCCCUGUGGAGAAAAAUGAGAGCGCAGUGAGCCAACCCAGCCUGUCUCCCAGCCUUCCCCGACGCCCACCAUGAACCACUUGGAGGGCUCCGCGGAGGUGGAGGUGACCGACGAGGCGGCAGGCGGGGAGGUGAAUGAGUCGGUCGAGGCCGACCUGGAGCACCCCGAAGUGGAGGAGGAGCAGCAGCAGCAGCCACCGCACCAGCCGCAGCCGCACUACGCGGGUCGGCACCCGCGCGGGCGUGCCAUAGAGGACCUCCGCGCGCAGCAGGGACAGCAGGAGGAGGAGGAGCGCGGGGAGUGCCUGGCACGUUCCGCCAGCACCGAGAGCGGCUUCCACAAUCACACGGACACCGCCGAGGGCGACGUGAUCGCCGCGGCCCACGACGGCUACGAUGCGGAGCGCGCGCAGGACCCCGAGGACGAGAGCGCGUACGCCGUGCAGUACCGGCCCGAGGCCGAGGAGUACACGGAGCAGGCGGAGGCCGAGCACGCGGAGGCCACGCACCGCCGCGCGCUGCCCAACCACCUGCACUUCCACUCGCUGGAGCACGAGGAGGCCAUGAACGCGGCCUACUCGGGCUACGUCUACACGCACCGGCUCUUUCACCGCGGCGAGGACGAGCCCUACGCCGAGCCCUACGCCGACUACGGCGGCCUCCAGGAGCACGUGUAUGAGGAGAUCGGGGACGCGCCCGAGCUGGACGCGCGCGAUGGCCUGCGGCUCUACGAGCAGGAGCGCGACGAGGCGGCCGCGUACCGCCAAGAGGCCCUGGGCGCGCGGCUGCACCACUACGACGAGCGCUCAGAUGGCGAGUCCGACAGCCCCGAGAAGGAGGCCGAGUUCGCGCCCUAUCCGCGCAUGGACAGUUACGAGCAGGAGGAGGACAUUGACCAGAUCGUGGCCGAGGUGAAGCAAAGCAUGAGCUCGCAGAGCCUCGACAAAGCGGCCGAGGACAUGCCCGAGGCUGAGCAGGACCUGGAGCGCGCCCCUACCCCGGGCGGGGGUCGCCCCGACAGCCCUGGGCUGCAGCCACCCGCGGGGCAACAGCGGGCAGCAGGCCCCGCGGGCAGUGGCGAGGCGGGGCAGCGGUACAGCAAGGAGAAGAGGGAGGCCAUCUCGCUGGCCAUCAAAGAUAUCAAGGAAGCCAUCGAGGAGGUGAAAACCAGGACCAUCCGUUCGCCUUACACCCCCGACGAGCCCAAAGAGCCCAUCUGGGUCAUGCGCCAGGAUAUUAGCCCCACCAGGGACUGUGACGACCAGAGGCCCAUGGAUGGAGAUUCUCCACCUCCCGGCAGCUCCUCACCCCUGGGUGCAGAGUCGUCAAGCACACCUCUUCAUCCCAGUGACCCCACAGAAGCCUCCACAAAUAAAGAGUCAAGAAAAAGCUUGGCUUCAUUCCCAACCUACGUUGAAGUUCCUGGACCUUGUGACCCUGAAGACUUGAUUGAUGGAAUCAUUUUUGCCGCCAAUUACCUUGGCUCCACCCAGCUUCUGUCAGACAAAACCCCCUCCAAAAAUGUACGCAUGAUGCAGGCCCAGGAGGCAGUAAGCAGGAUCAAGAUGGCCCAGAAAUUAGCCAAAAGCAGGAAGAAGGCUCCGGAAGGUGAAUCUCAGCCAAUGACCGAGGUGGACCUCUUCAUUUCUACCCAGAGAAUCAAAGUGUUGAAUGCUGACACCCAGGAGACGAUGAUGGACCACCCUCUGAGGACCAUCUCCUACAUCGCAGACAUCGGGAACAUCGUGGUGCUGAUGGCCCGCCGGCGGACGCCCCGCUCCAACUCCCAAGAGAGCGUGGAGGCCUCCCACCCGUCGCAGGAUGGGAAAAGACAGUACAAGAUGAUCUGCCACGUCUUUGAGUCUGAGGACGCCCAGCUGAUCGCACAGUCCAUAGGACAGGCAUUCAGCGUGGCAUACCAGGAAUUCCUCAGGGCCAAUGGAAUUAACCCUGAAGACCUCAGCCAGAAGGAGUACAGUGACCUGCUCAACACCCAGGACAUGUACAAUGAUGACCUGAUCCACUUCUCCAAAUCAGAAAACUGCAAAGAUGUUUUCAUAGAGAAGCAGAAAGGAGAAAUCCUAGGAGUUGUGAUUGUGGAGUCUGGCUGGGGGUCCAUCCUACCAACUGUGAUCAUUGCCAACAUGAUGCAUGGAGGCCCCGCAGAGAAGUCUGGAAAGCUGAAUAUCGGGGACCAGAUCAUGUCUAUUAAUGGCACCAGCCUGGUGGGCCUGCCUCUGUCCACCUGUCAGAGCAUCAUUAAGGGCUUGAAGAAUCAGUCGCGAGUGAAGCUGAAUAUUGUGAGAUGUCCUCCGGUGACCACCGUAUUAAUCAGAAGACCAGACCUUCGCUACCAGCUGGGUUUCAGUGUCCAGAAUGGAAUUAUCUGCAGCCUCAUGCGAGGGGGAAUAGCGGAGAGAGGAGGCGUCCGUGUCGGGCAUCGGAUCAUCGAGAUCAACGGGCAGAGUGUGGUGGCCACACCCCAUGAGAAGAUCGUCCACAUCCUCUCCAAUGCUGUUGGGGAGAUCCACAUGAAGACGAUGCCAGCAGCCAUGUACAGACUGCUGACGGCCCAGGAGCAGCCCGUUUACAUCUGAGUGUGCGCCUUGCAGGGCCAUGCAUGGAGGACUCUCCUCACCGUCGUUGUGUUUCUUGUGCUGCAUCCGUGUGUCCACUGAGAUAGUCCCCUCUUGCCCAACAUUCGGUCUUACACAGGAAGAGAAGAAUCCGCUGUGUCUCUCUCCAGGUUGUUCUCCCCAGCCCCUUCUGUAAUACCAGGGAAGUUCAGUAUGUGCUCCCUUGAGGUUGGAGAUCUUCCCUGGACCAUCCUGGAGGGCCUUUGGAAAUCCCAAGGGGGCCUAUUGCUCCCCAAGACGCAGAUCUCCUAGGAGCUCCCAGAGGCAGGAGGCAGUGCGGGGCCCACUCAGCGGUGACUAAAACCCAGUUGCUGAUCUCUGCUCUCAUCGCCUUGCUUGAUGGGAAAUGGUAGUGAUGGGAAAGCCAUGCCUUUAAGGAUAUAUAUG